UGUUGUGUCUCGGCUCCGGCUGCGGCCGCUGCUGAUCCUUUGCUCCGCGGGAGACGGCCGCGGCGUCAGGAGGUGGCGGGGGCGUUGGGCACGGCGGCCGGGAUCCGCGCCGCCCAUCCGAGAGGAGCGGGCGCUGCGUAACCGGGAGGCAACCCGGUAGCCGCCUCGAGGAGCCGUCUGGGGCCUAUUUUUGCAUUUUACCUCCGGGACCGUCGUCUCGCGCGCCCCAUUUCCCUCUGCAGAGACUGCGACGCCCCCUCCCGGGCCGGGCCGCGCCGCGGUGCGUGUCCGCCCGCCUGAAAGGCGCCGCCCGCCGGCGCGGGCGAACCUGGAGCCGCCGCCGUCGCCGUCGUGUCCGCCGCGCUUCUCGCGGAGCCUGGGCGGCCGGCGGGGCCUGGGGCCUGGGCGCCGGGCGCGGCGCCGCAGCGGCCGCUCCUCCCCGCGCUGGGCCCGGGCCCUGCCCCGGCCGAGCGCCGCGCCUUCCUGACUGCCGCCGCGGGAGCCCGGCCUCGGCCCGGCCGGCCCCAACCGCCUCCCGGGCCCACCGCCCCUCCGGCCCCGGCCUCAGCCCGGCCCCCGCUUCCUUUGUGGAUCUGAAUGAUUGUUUGGGCCUCCCCCCGCCCCUUGAGAUUACGGUGCUGGAAGGCCGACCCCGCCUCAUCGGUCAGUGCCCCCCCGCCCGGGGCAACGGCCCACAUCUCGCUCUUCCCCGCGGGCUCUCCCUGCGCCUCUCUCCUCUCGGGGUUUAAUUGAUGGAGUUUUUUUAGUUUUUCCCCAUUAUUUUCCUCGCCUCUUGACUGGAAGGCCCCGCACGAGGCUCUGCGUCUCGGCCCCGCCUCGUCUGUUCCUCACCCCCGCACGGAUCCCCCGGUCCACCUGCCUCCCGCCGGGGAUGGCCCCACAGUGACGACGGCGCCGCCGGACCCUCGCCCGCACUCGCGUCCGCCCUCCUCUUCUCCGUAUUCUGAGCUCUCUGAGAAGAGAGAAGACGCAGGGGAAGAUGUGGCUGAAGCUUUUUUUCUUGCUCCUCUAUUUUCUGGUCUUGUUCGUCCUGGCCAGGUUUUUUGAGGCCAUCGUGUGGUAUGAAACUGGCAUCUUUGCCACCCAGCUGGUGGAUCCAGUGGCGCUGAGCUUCAAGAAGCUGAAGACCAUUCUGGAGUGCCGUGGGCUGGGAUACUCGGGGUUGCCCGAGAAGAAGGAUGUCCGGGAACUGGUGGAAAAGUCAGGUGACCUGAUGGAAGGUGAGCUUUAUUCUGCGCUCAAAGAAGAAGAAGCAUCUGAAUCUGUUUCUAGUACCAAUUUCAGUGGUGAAAUGCACUUCUAUGAACUUGUAGAAGACACAAAAGAUGGCAUCUGGCUGGUUCAGGUCAUAGCAAAUGACAGAAGUCCUUUGGUUGGUAAAAUCCACUGGGAGAAAAUGGUGAAAAAGGUGUCAAGAUUUGGAAUACGUACAGGCACAUUUAACUGUUCCAGUGACCCCAGCAGAUGUCCCAAAUUGACACGUCCAGGCCAAGGCCCCUCCCCAGAUCUUCAGUUUCAUGUACAGCUGUCUCUUAAACAGCUCCUCCUGGAUGCUCUUAAGUACCUAGCUUAUAAAGAGGCACAGAUAUCUUUACAGUGAAAGCUUGGACAGCAGUCACCCUACUCAAGUGAGCAAACUUGGCAUCACCAAUAAUGGAGCAACCCCAUCAUUCCUUGCUCUUUUUUGAUGUGUGCCCUUCUUCUUAUAUCCCAGUGAUACCUUGUAUGUGCCUGUCCUACUUAGCUGUGUUGUAUUAAAACUAUGCAUGUGUCUUUUUCAGGUGAACUCCUUUAAGGUAGGAACUGUGCUUUAUUCAUUAAAUAUAUCAACAUGCACGGCAUACAAUAGAGAUAAUACCUUUUGAAUGUUAGACAUGCAGUAAACAUUAAGUGAGGUCAAGGAGGAAAUAAUUGCUAGAGGUUCAGGUCUCCAGGGAAACUUGACUCACCCCUUAAUUGUUAAGCAUAGCAAACAGUGCUUCUGUCAGAUUUCCCUGGAGAUGGAGAAUUGAAGGAAAUAGUCAAGGUUGACAGACUCUAAACGUUAACUCUGUUUAAAAGGAAAGUUUGAAUUCUUAGAGCAACUUAGUGAAUUUAAUUAACUAAAGAUUCCAAGGACAUGGGCUUUCUAGUUACUGAGCUCUGGUUAACUGUAGUAGUGGGACACACAAUUGGGUUCUGCUCAAGAGUGUUUUCUUCUGUCUUCUCUAAGUAUUUCUUAUGUGAUUCUUUUCUUUCUUUAAGGAUGAUAAGCUCCCUGAGAGCAGGAGUAAUGCUAUAAUCUACUGUUACAUCCUUAACAUAUUAGACACAGAGUAGAAACUCAAUAAAUGUUUGCUUGAAUUUUAAAAAUCUUUUCUAAUUUUACCCCUUACCAAGCAUUUUACUGCCCAUCUAGUGUAGGUGGAAAAGAUUAAAGAGAUUAUAUUUUUAGUACCCAUUAAUAGUGACAAAAAUGAUAUUUAUGGCCUACUCCAAGAAAAAAGUCUUAGUUUUUUUCCUGCAGUCACAUACUUAAAAAAAAAAAAUCUCUUCUUUAGACUGUCUGGGAGCCUGGAAGACUAUUCAGGUAAUCUUUCUCAUUGCUCCCUCAUCUUCCCCCUGGGCCGUUGUGUGAUUCCUUAAAACUCCACCAAAGGGACAAAAGGUACAGAGAGAAGUGUUCAGUUCUUUUUGUUAUUGAAUCUGAUUAAAAAUUUAGAGAAGAAAAAUGGGUUUAAUUGUUUAAAUAUUAUUUUUGAGUCACCUGUGUUUUAAUCAUUCUAUUUGUGUUCUUUGUUGUCAACAAUAUAAGUGCACUGAUUUAUGAUCAAUUUGGGCAAUCUCUUUGUUUAAUUUUUUGUACCCUCUUCUCGCCAAAGGUUUUUAUUGUUUUGUAUACAGUAGAUCACUUUACUUUCUAAUACUUUCUAAUAUCCCUAUGCAACAGAUAGACCAGAAGGAAUUCCCACUUAAUAAAUGAUCAGAACUCAGGAUAAUCGCGGCAGUUAAAGAUAUGACUAGGACACAGCUUUCAAAUCCAAAUAUCGUCAGGGCCCAUGGAAACGAGCUUUGAGUAGGGAGUGUUGGGAGCAACAGUGUGUAUAUUCUACCAACGGUAUUCACAUAUUUUGUUAAAAGAAUUUGUCAGGCAGUCAAAGCUGGGGGUGGCCUCUUUGUUACCUCUGGAUAAGAUUCUAUCUACCUAUCUUGUUCAGGGUUCUUUCUACCAUAUUUUCAUUUAAAAAUAAGUGCAUUUGUAGAAAAUAUGACUGUAGGAAACUGCCUUUUGUCAAAAUUAUAUUUGCCUUUAGUCCGGUGCUAAAUUGCUUACUUGUUUUUCACAUUCUCUUGGUUUAUGGACAUGAUGGGAUAAUAGGCUCUUCACAUUGUAUGCUAAGCAAAUGGUGCUUAAGUAUUCUUACUCA